AUGCCACUCUUCUUCGCAAAACGUCUGCUCAGCCGCUCCGGCGGCCGUCCAGAUCCGAAGCCGGUGUCUUCUCCACAGCACCUCGCCACCGACGCGGCACAGAGAAGCGGCAGUGGCAACAUUACGGCGGGCCCACUCGUGUUCCCGCGCUACCUCGACGACCGCGACAUCUGCGCGUGCGUCUUCUCUCUUCCUCCAGUUGACGGCCGCUGGGUGGAGGCAAUGCUGCGACAGUUGCGCGCGCCGCGUCGCUCGGCGUCGGAGAGGACACCCCAACGCCAGUCCGCCGGCAUCGCCCCGUGUGACAGGCGAGCGAAGAAGCGCACCCGAGGUGGAGACGACAAUGGCCACAGCUUUGGUGCCGCGGGCCUGGCGACGCAGAGCCAUCGGUUGAGCCGCUGCUCCUCCUCUGCCUACACGCAACGGGUGAUGGGCAGCCCGCCACCUCCUAUCGAUGACGACAGCAACGGCAGCGCCGCCGCGGCGAGUGUUUGGGCAUGCGGAUUGCGUCUCGUCUGGCGAGAGGCGCCGCUCAACAGGCCGCCAAGCGGGAGCGUGAGCGCGGCAACGGGGGGCAGAAUGGCCGAGAACCACCGUGCCGCCAGCGUGGGUAGCAGAGUUGGGGGUCGGGACAUCACGGCGUAUCCAGCCCUCUUUCGGGCCCUUGUUGUGCCGGACGACAACGCAGGAGAGGCGGAGGCCGUGACGGCCAGCGUGUGUGGCACCGCUGCAGGCGCUCGCUUGUGUGCGAGUGCAGAGCCGCACACCCCAGCGGCUCAGCGCCCGCGUUGCGCCCACGUCGGUGACCUCGUUCCAGGAGUGGUGGGGGAUUCUGCGGCGCUGGUGCGGCACUGGUGCCAGGCUGUGCAACAGCCCGAGGAGGAGGCUGAGGGUCGCGGGCGGCGAGGCGAUACUCUGUCGCCGCUGGUGUCAUGGUCACCAUGGGCGCACAAGAGGACGUGCGCCGUCCUCGCACCUGAGCCGUUUGCUGACCUCACCGCGGCUUUCUGUUGCACCACUACGGGGGCCGAUGGCGCCACGCAGUCCCCCCAGGCGACGCCAGACCCGUGCGGACGUGCGGCACACUGGCCGCGUCUCUGCUCAUCGGACAUGCCGAAGGGAUCCUCAGGGGCUGCGGGGGCCAUGUCAAUGUCCGGGUCGUUGCCGCAGCGGCGCUUCGCCGAGAUGGAGAGUCUCUGGCACUUCUCCUUCACGGCACCGUCCGUCCCGCACGCGCUUCGCGUGCCACCGGGUGAGCGAGCGAACGCCAGAUGGUCCGUGAUGAUGCAGCCCACGAUGUGGCUGGAGCGCACAACGGAGGGCGGCCGUGGUGCUGAGGCGAGUGCCCGUGGCGUGCGACCCGCGGCAGGUGCAGAGGUCGGUGCUGGUGAGGCCGCCGUCAGUGCGCAGCUCGGCGGUACAGCGGUGGCGGUGCCACAACUAGCCGUCGUGCGCCAUGCCCGUCUUCGCUGCCUCAUGCGGGACAACGACAGCGGUGGCGACGGUGCGGGAAAGGCAGGGCACCGCCCUGCCCCUGAGGUGCCACUAGCUGCGCUGAGGACGUCCACCGAGGACGGUCUCACUGCUGCGGCUCUGUCAGCUCAGUGGGAUGCUGUUGUGGUCGGCGUGCGCGAGUCACGCACGACACAGGAACGGCGGCGCGCCGCCUCCAUGCAUGAGCGGUGGCUGGCGGCGGCAGCCUCUCUCGGCAGUGUCGGCGAGAGCAUAGCGGAAACACUCGCGACGUUGCCGCAGCUGCACUUCUCGCAGAUGUGCGCCGCGGGAAGCGUGUCUCAUGGCGAGGGGGAGGGAGGAACGCCCAAUGCUCUGGAUGUGGGGCCCACGGACUCGAUGCGCGGAUUCGGCCGGGCCUAUCCCUACCCGGUGCUGGAGUGGUGGCGGUGGACUUCGUGUGGUCGUUCACGGUCACCUCCGUCGCAGCAUGCGCGGAAGCCGCCGUGUCGCCUGCCGGAGACGUGCAUCUCUUUCCGAAGUCUACCCAGCGACGCUGAGGCGACUCGAGCGCAACUCGUGUCGACGCUGCGGCACUGGGUGCGCGACAUGUCAGACGUGCGGUGGCGGACCGCGUCGUGGUUGCCAUGGGAUUCGUGGAUCACCGCGGUCUGUGCUGUCGCUGCCGUGCCGCUGUUGCUGUUCCCUCUUUCAUCUAGCCGCGCACCGCUGCUGAUGCCGUCGACCAGUCGUCUGCAGAGCCGCCUACGCAUUACUGCCGCAGAGGAGGAGAGCGCAGCAUCGACAGCGCACCUCACGGCGGACUCGCUCGUCCUCGGUGGUCGCCUCACCGGGCACUCAGUCAAGGACCCUGCACUUGAACGACAACCAUGGGCGGCGCUCGAUGCGGCGCCGCAGCUGCUGAGCGAGGCAAUGAGAUCUGUAGCAGCGAGACCAAGCGGGGGGCUGCUUGCCGCAGUCGCGCAGGAGGAUGCAGGGCACACAAAACGGCGGUGUUGCACGGUGCGCGCUGCGGCGGUGGUGGAGUGCGAGGCGCUCGCACGCGCGUGUGAAAGGAGUGCACGAGCUCCUUCGCAAGAACGGGAGAGAGGUGCUGCUGCCGCGCACACGCUUCAUCGUUCUGUGCGAGGGCGCCGCAGGUGCGACAAGCUGGCCGCUGGGGGGACCAGCGAUGAUGAGCACGGCAGAUCGGAGAGGAGGUCGACGGUACGAGUGGGCGCAUCACUUCCAGACGCUGCUUCGCCGAACGCGCAAGUCACCGUCUUUCCAUCAUCGCCCGCAGUGGGAUAUGUGGCGCGGGGCCACACCGAUUCCGCGACCGUCGGCCUUCGUGGCGAACACACGCGCUUGCCACCGGCUACGGUGCCGCUGCUGACUCCAUCUGAGUCCUCGUCCGUCAGCCAGGCCUCAUCUGCCGAAGGCGCUGACACGGGUGAUCGUCGCGUCAGUGAGGCGGUCGGCAGGAAGCGCGCACGGUCGGCAGCGGCCUGGCCAUCGGCCACGGUCUCGCCUUCCUCUCCAGCCAUCGCCGCCUCAUCCCUCACGUGUGCGGUGCAUGCAUCGCCACCACUGGUGGAGCGAGAUGCGUCCGCGUGUCUCCCGCGUGCAGCUACUAGCGCGCAGCGCAGCAGUACACCGCAGCGCCUGCUUGCUGCCUGGCUCGAGCAGCGGUGCUGUGAGGUGAUUUCGGUCGCCGACGACUCGCCUUCUCUCACCGCUUCGACUGCAACAACCGGGGCAGGCGCAGUGUCCUCCAGCAGUGGAAGCUGCUUACUGGUGUCACGGCCAUCAUCACAGCCGUCAUCGCCGCCGCCACCCGACACGCUAUCCGUUGCCCAUUCCUUCUUGUACGGCGACCGACUCCGGCGAAUGCGGCCGUGGUUAAUGGUGCCGCCGUCUCCCACUCAACUCCCACUCGCCGCAUCGCAGCGGUGGCGGCGAUGCGCCGCUGUCGUUCACGAGUCGGCGGACUCGACAACGUCGACGACGCGCGCACCAGUGUUGCAGCCACCGACUCGCUGGGGGCCAUGUACCCGACAGGCGUUGUUGCAGGACGCUCAGUCAACGGGAUCACGUUGUGCGCUGGCGUCACCUACUGCGUCCAUGGCACCGGUGCACGGGGAGCGUGCAGGGGAAGGAGCGAUCGAUACCCCUGCUGUGUGCGUUAAUGCGGCUCUCCGGCCUCCUGCGGGUGAGUUGGCCACGACGGCGGCAACAGGCUGCCGCGGUCGUACUACCUUGAGCGUGCAUCUUCCUGUGAAUCCCCUUCGCGGACUCGGAGGUGCACCGAUGAAGCCGGUCACCGUGUGGAGGUGGGCACAGCUGACCUUGCGCAACUACGCCGCCGAUGCGCUGGCCGGCGCUAUCCUGCCUGGCGCCUGCAACAGUGAGCCACAUCUGCGUGUGACUGAAGGGGUAUUCACACCGAUGAUCCCGACGGCUCCACCAGCUGCGGCGCAGACAGCGGCACAUCUCUUCGCCUCCGGCUUGAAAAAGUCGGUUACCGGUUCCGUGACGCACGGCUGUCCUCUGCGUGCCCUACCCCCUCCCUCCACAGCUCACCAAGGGCAGACACCCGCCAUCGAGACGGCAGGGGCGCGUCCCCUCGUGACUGCUGAGCACUGGAGGCAGCGUCGUGCACGGCGUGCGGCGCAGCGUCUUGCGUUGUAUGCGCUGACGCUCGCUAACGAGGCGCCACCAUCUUCCCCCAUGCGGCCGCAGCCGCAGUCCCCAUCUGAAAGCCUGGAAGGCGAGGAAGCUGCCAUGUCACGUGGUGCUGACCGCACCGCCGCCGGGUUUUUCACGGUCGGUGCACAGCUGUACCGAGAUGAGCUCCAGCGUAACGACAGGGCAGAGUUGGCCCAGUGCGUGCGUGACGCUCUCGUCCGCGCGCAGUACGCCGCCUGUGUGCGCAUACUUCAGCGACGGAGUGGACACGGCGAGGGGAGCCCCGGAGAAGUGGCGGAGGUGCGGCCAUCGACUGACGCCUGCAGUUCCGCCGUCUCACGCACGUGCGCUUCCGGCAAGGCAGCACAUGAGGGCAGCUGCCCACCCAUGCCUGCACCGCUCCCGGUGCCACGCGUAUCAUCGGUGCUGUCAGCGCCAGCGAACGGUCGUUGCUGCGUCGCAUGUGAGCGGCGACUGCACUGCAUCAUCCGUGAUGGCAUGCGCAGGGACGGCUGGCUUGUCUUCCAUACUUUAUGGUACGACAUCCUCUCCGAGCACGUCGCUCCGUACUCGCCGUGCACGUGGCACGGCUGUCUCUCGAGCGCUACGCAGGGAGGUGCGACGACGCAUGCGGCAUUGAUCGAGGAGGAUGGCACCGACGCAUCGGCGCAUGACGCUCCUCUCCGAUCAGCGUGUGCGCCACAAACUCGCGUUGAGCAGCCCUACAUCGACUCCCUAGAUGUCGGGGUCGAUACCGAACCCCGUGCCUCACCGCUGGAGGUGUCUGCGCACGAGAUGCGGUGGUAUGUCGACACGAGCGACGAGGAUGAUGAAUGGAGAGAGGCCGAGGAACAAAACGGUGGAACAGUGGCGCUCCACGAUGGACACAGCAGCUCGCAGUGGUGCUGCUGCUGUCUGGCGUCACAUGAAAACCUCAUUCAUGCGAUCAUGGCGCAAGGAGAGGGACUCGCACCCGCCCCAGAGCACAGUGUGACGGCAACACCCACGCUGGAGCGUGGCGAGUUGCGCCACGGGGGCGGGGCUCAGCCACCGCUGUGUCCCGCGUGGUGGAGAGCAGGCUCGACGACGGGUGCCACGAUUGUCUCUGGCGCAUCUUUGGCGUCGCAGCAAAACCCGACCAGCGCUGCCGCUCGCGCAUCGGCACGCUCGCAGGCCGUGGGCCGCACCUGCAGGGCACAGAUUUUUGGUCUUCUCGACGCAGGCGGCGUAAGCCUUCCGCGGGCGCUGAUGCUGCGGCCGCCUCCCCUGUCGUCAUGGUGGCUGCCCAACUACUUUGACGCCCGCACACACGGUGCAGCGCAGGAGGGCACGCUUGAUGGCGGCAGCGCCGCUGCGCGCUUCGUUGCGCGACUGCGACAAUAUGCGGCGCAACUUCUAUCGUGUGAUGCUCUCGCUACCUGCUCAGCAGCAGCGACGACGGGGCUAUACCGCCACCGCCCCUCCUCUUGCCAUUCGCUUUCUUCUUCGAACAGUUCCCCCGGCUACUGCACGGCCGAGCCGCUGUGCGCGCCAUCGCUGCGGCAGCUCUCGCCUCACUCAGGGAUGGUGGGGGCAGCAGCACCGGCUGCCCAGCAGCAGCGCGAGGACGAGGAGGACAUCGGGGAGCGGGUUGUUCCGCUGCGCCGGUGCCGCUACACGCGUCAUGUCUGCUCAUUGGCGGAGGAGACGCAGUCGUUGCAGACGUGGUUGCUUCCUCACUGGUGGGCCGGGCAGCGGCAACACUUCGCCCUCACCGUGAGGGCACGACAGCCGCCGCCGCGAUCUCGAGCAAGUCGGCGUCUGGAACCCCCACUCGACGGAUCACGCGCGAUGGCGACGACGGCGACCCUCGACGGUGUUGACGAGGACGAUGACAUUGGCGAAGAUGCUCACCCGUCAUCGUUGCGCUGCUUCCUGGCGCGGCGUGAGGAGUCGGAGGCGUGGGUGCAGCUCCUGCACCAUGCCCACCUGCGACAGCUGCGUCGGCCCUACGGUCCUCUCUUCCCCGGCAAAUGCCUACUGCAGUGCGCGCCGCUCGACGGCUGCAUAGCGGAUGCGGAGGUGCACCACACGUACCUUGCCGCGAUGCUGCGCCAGCGCAAGGAGGAGACCUGCGGAGCGCUGAACGCAUACGUGCUGCCUUACGGCGAGCCACAUGGCACAUGCACGUGA